UUUAACAUUUGCGAACAACAAAACGUGUGAAGCGCACAGGAAAACCGAAUAAAAACAAAUUAAAAAAUAUACAAUUUAUUGACUAAGAAGUUCAAUUUGGUAAAAAAAAAAAAUUCAAGUUCAUUGAAAGGCUAUACACAAAUUGAUAACGAACGAAAUUAGUCAUCAAAUGUGAAAAGUUGCACAACUGCAUAAGGUGCUAAGUAAACAAAUAGUUUAUAAAUAAUCGCAGACUCUGCAAGAAUGAGCCUGGGCAUGAUGUCACGUGGACCACACACGCUCUGUACGCACUUCUAUUAUCGCUGCUGUAGUUGUAGUAAAUUAUUGCUGCUUUUAUGGGCUGCUCUUACAUUGCCCGCGCCAAUAAGCAGAGCGAACCCAGCUUAUCGCGCUGGCUAUUUUGAAGGCAAAUGCACUGAUGCUGAGACCGGACGCGAGCUCUUCAUCGGCGAGGCCUUCACGCGUCCGGGUCAAUGUAUACGAGUGCAAUGUUUGGGCACUCUGCAGCUAUGGCAUGACAGAUGCCAAGUACCGAAAUUACAGGGCAAUUGCAGUCCCGUACCGCCAGCCAAUGAAUUUCUCAAUUAUCCACUCUGUUGCCCAUUGUACACAUGCAAAUCGUAUGUGACCAAUGAAGUAGGCGAAACGGAAGAAACACGAACUUACGAUCAGUACGGAUCUUUGCGAAGGACGCAUAUAUCUCAAGUUUUCAAUGUAGACCCGGCUAGAGGAAAAAUACCAGGCUCCGGUGUAAUGACACAAUUUGAGAUUUAAACGCUUUUUGAGGGAAUGAAUGCACAGAUGUUGAUGUACCUAUUUUAAAUAGUUUUAAUUAAUUUUUCUUUGUGAGUUUUUUCCAAUCGUAUGAUUCGAUUUGUUUGAUACGAGUAUUUUGGUGCUAGUGCUCGGCGUUAGUAAGAGUUUUGUAAAAGUGUCUAAAAAUAAUUAAUUAAUUCGUAUCAAGCCAGUGGUAAGGGUAAAUAUAAUGAAAAGUCCUGCAAAAUUUGGUUUAACUCCUUUACAAAGAGGCAGUCAUAAUUCAAUAUGUAAAAACCCUUUUCCGAUAUGAACUAUGAAAUGAGGAACAAUAAGCUUUAGACUAUUCAUACAAUAGAAAGUAGCAGCACUGUUAUAACUUUUGUUAUAAAAUAAAACGUAAAUUUACAGUUGUGUUCUGUAAAAUGAUUAAAAAGA